UGAAAUCGCUAGUUCAUUUUAAAAAAUAACAUGACUGUAGACGAACAUAAUCAAUAGUCAUAUAUAUAUGUGUGUGUGUGAGUGUAUGUGUGUCAUGCAAGAACAGGGACAGAAAGAAUUAAAUUGUGCUGCGUUGAUUUUAACUUGGAACAAAAAAAUAAUGUCGACCUUGGGUUUAUGGCCGAGCUCACGUAACAAUAUAAAAUUUUCAAUUAAUUUCGGAUACUUCAGUUUUUUAAUGAUAUUGGAAUAUAUGGAUCUCGUUGUCUUCAUAAACGACCUUGAACACGUUAUAAUGAAUUUAACGGAAAACAUGGCGUUCUCGCAGAUAUUCGUUAGAAUGAUAAUGUUAUGGAUUUACAACGACGAGAUCGGUGACGUAAUCAAUGAAACGAUCAAAGAUUUCGAUCAUCGUAGAUACAAAACGAUCGAGGAAAGACAAUUGUUUAUAACUUACAACGCUAAAUCUAAACUCUUCGUUAAACUUUUGAUUACGUUCGUAGCAUUAACAGCCUCUUCGUAUUAUCUGACACCAAUUUUGGUCUCCAUGGGAAAUGGUUUACCACAAAUAGAAGUUGGAAAUGUCAGCGAAACGUUGUAUUUAUUGCCAUAUAGAUUUUAUACGUUUCGUCCAUUGCAAGAUUUACGUUCAUACACGAUAAUCUACGUUCUCGAAUUGCCGUUCGUUUUUAUCAGUGGCUUUGGACAAAGCGCAGCCGAUUGUAUUAUGGUAACAUUGGUAUUUCAUAUUUGCGGACAAAUGUCGGUACUGGCAUUACGCAUAAACAAUAUCGACGUUGAUCCAAAAGUAAAUCGUAAGGAAAUACAAAAGGUCGUUGAAUCCCACACGCGAUUACUACGGAUGGGCAAGGUCGUUGCAAAUGCAUUUAGCGUGACACUAUUGGCUCAUCUUUUUGGAGCAACCUCACUUGUUUGCAUUCUCGGCUAUCAGAUCUUAACGAAUUAUUCCAAUGGUGAAAAAGCAGUGCUGAUUAGCUUUUUGGUAUUUCAAUUCUUGGUACUAUUAAUUCUCUAUGCACAUUGCACAGUCGGAGAAUGUCUUCUAUCCGAGAGUACAAAAGUUUGCGAUGCAUUUUAUGCCUGUCAAUGGUACGAUAUGCCGAUCAAUAAUGCAAGAUCAAUUAUACUAUGCAUCGCGAGAUCGCAAAAACCUAUGUGCCUUACAGCUGGAAAAUUUAGCACCUUUUGUCUUAGCACUUUGACCGACGUAUUGAGAACUUCUAUGGGAUAUCUAUCAGUGUUGCGAUCAUUUUUAUAA